AUGGCAAAACCAGAAGAUUCGUGGGAUCAAAUUGAUUGGGAUCAGAAAAUAGAUGUGGAACAGCAUGAGAAGGACCAGAAAAGUACAACAGUUCCCGCUGGCAUCAAUUUUAAAUUGAAUUUCGACGAAAACAAUGAAAAUUAUUAUGAUAUCAAUCAAAUGCGAAAGAAGCAAGAAGUGUCAGCUACAAGAUCAAAUAAAAAGCAUAGAUCCAGAGCAAAUCAUAAAGAGGAAUUGCCAUAUUCAUACAAGGAAUUAUUAAAAAUUAGAUCAGAAGUUCAGUUCCAAAAUGUCAUUUACGAGAUAUUUGGUAAUUUCGGCAAAUUCAUUAUAACUCAUGAACAGGAAAGCUUGAGCGAUGAAUCUCUCAUUGAACUGCUUAAAAUUGAUGUGGCAUUGUUAGAAGUUCCUUUUAUGUAUCAUAAUAAGUUAUUACUUGAACGAAUACCAAAGAUUGAAUCUUUUUGGAUGCAAAUAAUUCAGCUCAUAGAACUAUUCUUUGAGUCUAAGUGGAAGGAUCCAAAAUAUUUGCUGCUAAUUGACAUGAAAGGAUUAUUUGACAGUAUAGAAUCAUUAAUGUUCUUCAUGAUUGUACAAAACUUAAUGAAAGAUGAACUAGAGAAGAUUUUCGGACUUUUACUAAAGACAAUCAAUAGGUAUGCUGAUCGUGAAUACUUCAGUGUAAAGAAAUUGCAACAGAUACUUCAAGUGUAUGAUGAACUUUCGAAUAAAUUAAACAUAUUUGAGAUAAUUCCAUCGAUUCACGACCUGAAAUUCUAUCCAGAGAACCUCGACAAGAACAUAGUUCAUGGAGAGUAUCCCGAUGUGAUUAGCUACUUAAAAGUUCAAUUACCUCUCCUGAAAGAAGACUUUAUGUGUAAAUUACGAAGUGGAUUUGAUCAUUUAAAAAACAUCGAUAACAUAGACCGAGUGAUAAGAACUCAUGAUGCAACUUUAUUCCCUAAAGUACAAAUCAAUAUUGAGUGGCACAAGUUAUGGAAUAUGAACUGUCCGAUAAUAUUGGCUCAGUUAAAUUAUCAUGCAAAUUUCUUUAAUGGACAAAUACUUUGUUUUACAUCCAGUCAUAAUUGUGAGGACUUAGUUGUCGCAACCGUUUUAAAAUGUAAAAAUAUCGAAUCUCUCGAUCAAGCUAAUUCUAUUAUUAUAGAGAUUAAGAGAACCGAGAAUAUUGAGAAUAUAUUUGACAGAGAAUUUUUCAUGGUGGAACCUAAAUCAUUUUUUGAUCCAUAUUAUCAAGUUUUUGGUGUGCUUAAGAGUUUAAAUGAGCACAACUUUCCAUUCCGAAGUCGAAUAUUGGAUAUGAAUAGAGAUAAUAUAUUUCCAAAUUAUGAUCAUCCAAAUUAUUACGACUAUAAAAAUUAUUCCUUGAAAGUUGAUAAAAUUGACGAUUGGAUCAAGUGCGAUUUAGGGCUAGAAAAUAUGCAAGCUGAUGCUGUUUAUAGAGGAAUAAGUAAUGACUUUUCUGUCCUUGUUGGACCGCCUGGAAGUGGAAAAACAUUUAUUGGAUUACAACUUAUAGAUAUCCUGCUUAAAAAUACGGAUGAAAAAAUUCUCAUUCUCACACAAACUAAUAAUGCACUUGAUAAGUUCCUGAUUGGAUGUCUGCAGUUCACUGAUCAAAUUGCUAGAUUUGGAGGACAGUGUAAAAAUGAAAUAAUUGAACCUUACAUUGCAUCUACAAACGUACCUUAUGAAUCGAGAAGUUACUUAAAGAAGUUACAGGCACAACAAGGAGAUAUAGUAAUGAACUUAAUGGAAGCAAAUGAGGAUUUAACAAAAGUCUUUCAACAAAUUUCUUUGCAUUAUCGAUUAAGUGAGGAAAUAAAUCAAUUAAAUAGCUAUUGCAAUAUUAGCAAUAAGAGAGUUUAUGGAAUGACUACAAGCUAUGCUGCUCAUAAUGGUGCCAUUAAUAAAUUAUUAAAGCCUGGAAUAGUGAUAAUUGAAGAAGCUUCAGAAAUUCUCGAAAGUCACGUGCUAGCAUCACUAACAAAAGAAACUAAGCAUGUUAUUAUGAUUGGUGAUCAUCAUCAACUUCGUCCUCAAACUAAUAGCUAUGAAUUGCAAAGAAAUUUUGACUUUAAUAUUUCAUUAUUUGAGAGACUGAUCUUCAAUAAAUAUUCAUAUGUAGCACUGGAUGUACAAAGGAGAAUGCGACCUGAAUUUUGUGACUUAGUAAGAGAAACAAUCUAUAAUUAUUUAAAGGACGGACCAAAUGUGCAAAGUUAUCCAAAUGUUAAAGGCAUGAGCAGAAAUUUCUUUGUCCUUAAUCACGAUUAUCCGGAAUCAAUUAGUGAGACAUCAAAAGAGAAUCUCUUCGAAGUAGACUUCAUCCUCAACUUGUAUCAAAAACUACUCGAUUUUGGAAAUGAUUCAAAUGAAAUUGUCAUACUCACGCCGUAUGCAGCACAAGCCAAGAGAUUCAAACAGAAAUUAAGGGAUUUAUCAUUACCACGAGUUAGAGUAGCUAUUCUGGAUGCUUAUCAAGGUGAAGAAUCAAACAUCAUACUGCUGUCCUUAGUAAGAAGUAACAAAAAUAAUGACAUUGGCUUUCUAGCUAUGGAAAACAGAAUAAGUGUGAUUCUAUCACGUGCUAAGUUUGGAUUUUACAUUUGUGGAAAUAUUGAGUGCUUUGCCAAAUCUUCGAGAAUAUGGCGAAAGAUCAAGGAUAUCUUCAUAAGACAUAAAGUGAUUGAAAACUCAGUUCCUCUAGAUUUUGGCAUAUAA